CCGCCCGGCCCCUCCUCGUGUCCAGGCACCCACGUCUCCCUGCCCUUCGCGAGCCUCAGGCUCUCUCGGCGCCCUGCCCCUUCCCUGCGCUUCUUCACCCGGGCCCCUCCCCGCUCCCCGGCCUUGCUCAGCUCGCCCUCUGACUCUCCACUGCCCUCCCUGGACCUCACAGCCCGCCCAGGCCCCUGUCCGUUCCCCCCACUUCCCUCCGGACCGCAGGCCCUUCCCCUGCACCCUCAAUGCCCACCCAAGCCCCUGUCUGCUUCCCCUACUGCUCCCCAGACCCGUCCCCUGCACCCUUACUGCCCACCCAGGCCCCUGCUUCUCCCAGUCCCCUCCCGGGACCCUCACUGCCCGCCCAGGCCCCUGUCUGCUUCCCCCACUGCCUACCCUGGACCCAAUCCCCUCCCGGGACCCUCACUGCCCACCCAGGCCCCUGUCUGCUGCCCCCACUGCCCUCCCUGGACCCUCACUGCCACCCAGUCCCUCCCUGGACCCCAGGCUCUCUCCUCGGGCCUUCCUCCCUGGGCUCCUCCCUGGAUCCCCUGGACUUUUGCCCUCUCUGCUUUUCCAAGCCCUGUUUUGGAUCCCUAGGCCCCCCUCUACCUUCUCAGGACCCUCUGUGGACCCCAGGUCUCCAUGCAGCCUGCCUGGGCUCCCUCUCGGAUCCCCAAGCCUUCCCGCAGCCCUCUGUGUCUCCCCCGCCAGCUCCCCGGCCCUUCUCCCUGCCCCAGGUCCCUCUGUGCGGUCUCUGUGUUGUGUUUUUACCCCUAUGCCCCUCUGCAGCUUCCGCUCUGUCCCAGUGCCCUCCCGCAGUGCCCCCUCUUUAUUUGUCCCCAGCCUUCCUGUCUUUUCUAGACCCCCUUUCUCAGCGGCUUCAGCUGCUGACCUGUCUUCAGCUCCCCCUUCCUUGCCGUCCCCCAUCGACUCUCCCUGAGGCACUGCAGGCCCUCGGCUCUCAGCGUUAGGGAUCCUGUUCUGUUGCGUUUUGCCAAUCCCCUCCUCUCUCCUCUUUUCAUGGAUCUGUCCUGCCUCUCCAUUCCGUUCGUUUUCUCUCCCCCGUCGCCCGCUUUGUCCUCAAGCCCCCUGUCGCCCGCCCGGAGUCCUUGGAGAGGGAGCAGGUGCUGGAAACCCUCCUCCGCUCUCCCUCCCCUCCCCCCGCCUCCAGGCUGCCUGGGGCUUCACCCAGAGCCUCCGGGACUCCCGACGGCUGCUGCGGGGGAGGUGGAGGCCGAGGCCCGGGAGACUGUGGGUGGGCGGAGGAACAGUCAGUCCCGGCGCGGCGGGAAGCCUUCGCUUUUCCCUAGACGAGGCCCAGAGAUGAGGAGACGGAAGGGCACGCCAAAGUCCCGCUUGUCUUAUAAGUGGCCCAGAGCAAGCACCUGCCCAGGGUUCCGCCCCUGCUUUGCACCCGCCACUCUGGGCCAGAGGCAGCAUGGUCCGUGGGGCAGCAUGGGGCCCGACAGAGUGACAGCCAGAGAACUGUGUGAGAACGACGACCUGGCCACCAGCCUCGUCCUGGACCCCUACCUCGGCUUCCGCACCCAUAAGAUGAAUGUCAGCCCCGUGCCCCCCCUGCGGCGACAGCACCACCUGCGCUCAGCGCUGGAGGCCUUCCUGAGGCAGCGGGACCUGGAGGCUGCGUACCGGGCCCUGACGCUGGGAGGCUGGAUGGCCCACUACUUCCAGAGCCGGGGCCCACGGCAGGAGGCUGCCCUCAAGACCCACAUCUAUCGCUACCUCCGCGCCUUCCUGCCUGAAAGCGGCUUUACCAUCCUGCCCUGUACCCGCUAUUCCAUGGAGAAAAAUGGAGCCAAGAUCGUGUCUACCCGAGCUUGGAAGAAGAAUGAGAAGCUGGAGCUGCUGGUGGGCUGCAUCGCGGAGCUGCGGGAGGCCGACGAGGGGCUGCUGAGGGCCGGCGAGAACGACUUCAGCAUCAUGUACUCGACCCGCAAGCGCAGCGCCCAGCUGUGGCUCGGCCCUGCCGCCUUCAUCAACCACGACUGCAAACCCAACUGCAAGGAGGUGGUGAGAACUUGCCUCCUGUGCGGUUGUGAAGAUGAGUUUGUGCCCGCAGAUGGGAAUGCAGCCUGCGUGAAGGUGCUCCGGGACAUCGAGCCAGGGGACGAGGUGACCUGCUUCUACGGUGACGGCUUCUUUGGUGAAAAGAAUGAGCACUGUGAAUGCUACACCUGCGAGAGGAAAGGCGAAGGAGCUUUCCGACUGCGGCCCCGGGAGCCUGUGCCUCCGCGACCCCUGGACAAGUACGAGCUCCGGGAGACCAAGCGGCGGCUGCAGCAAGGCCUGGACAGCAGUGGCCGGCAGGGCCUGCUGGGCCCACGCGCCUGCGCCCACCUGUCUCUGCUGCGCCGGGACCCCUUCUGCGCCGCCUGUCAGCCCCUGCGCCCCCAGCCCUGCGGCUCCCGCCUGGACGCCGUGCCCCUCUGGCUCCAGUGGCUGCCUCAGCCACAGCUCCGAGUGCGCCCCCGGAGGCGCCGACGCCCCCAGCCCCGGCGGGCCCUGGCACCCCCUGUUCUCCGCACUGCCCGUGUCUCCCUGCACCGGUGGGGAGGCUGCGGCCCCCGCUGUUGCCUCCGGGCGGAAGCCCUGGUGGCCCUGGGCCAAGGCCCCCGUGCCCGUUGGGCCCCCCAGCAGGACUGGCACUGGGCCCGGCGCUACGGGCUGCCUUAUGUGGCGCGCGUGGACCUGAGCCGCAUGGCCCCGGCCCCACCUGCCACUACUGUCCCCGCCCCUGUCAGGACCCCAGGCCCCAGCCCCGGCUCCGGCCCCAUCCCCAAGCAAGCCCUUGCCUUCGCUCCCUUCUCCCCACCCAAGCGCCUGCGGCUGGUGGUCAGCCACGGCUCCAUCAACCUGGAUGUCAAUGGUGACAGGCCAUGAUGGGCUGGACAGGGACGUCUGGGCUGGGAGAGGUGGGGGUUCCUCUUAGUCCCCCUGGCCCCGAGCUCCUGGGGACUCACCUCCAGAAGGAGUUGUUGGACCUCUAGGAGAGAGCUGACUCGUGACCCCAGCACAGCUCUGAACUGGGGGCAGGGUUGGUUUGGACACUUGCAGGGAUCUGACCCCUGACCCUUGGUGACUGCUGACCCCUGAGCCGCCCCCACCUGGCAGGGAGCCCUGGCCAUUGCUGCCCUCCCACCCCAGCCCCAGCCUCAGGACUGAAGGAGCCGUUCCCUUCCCCACCCACCUUCUCCUGCCCAGGGAGCAAAGCCAUAAGGGGUGGGGGCCAUCCCAUGGCAUCUCCCCAGAAGCCCCGGCCUUGGAGGAGGUGGACCUGGUGGGUGGCAUUCCCUAGAGACUGCCCCACGAGGGGAGUGAAUUUGCUGUCAGCUCUGCAACUGUCUGAGGUGGGGGCGCGGUGGGGGGUGUCCGGGGGCAUGUCCUCCUGACACCCCUGUGGGUCUCAGGGAGGCCGGGUGCGACCUCAUCUUUCUCAUGGUGCUAUCCCUGGUGCUACUGGGGUGUGGGGGCCCCUCCCCUUCCCACACCAGAGCUGGGUAUGUUGGGGGAUUGGAAGCACUUGAACUUUUUAUUUUAUUUUAUUAAAACCUUGUUAUAAGCAGCA